AUGACGUACGUCUACCGCUUUGUGCCCGUCUCCCGGUGGUACCGCCUCCUGACCCCAAAGAUCAUCCUCAGUGACAGCAUCGCCGGCUUCAUCGUUGGCGUCAUGAUUGUGCCGACGUGCCUCUCGUGGUCCAGCCUGGCCGGUCUGCCGUUCUCGUGCGGUCUCAUCGCGGCCCUCGUCGCCUCCUUCUCGUACGGCACGUUUGGUCAGUGCGCGUCGCUGUCGAUCGGGCCGGUGGCGGAGAUCACGACGCUGCUCAUUUCUAUCCCGGGCAUCCCGGUCGCGGAGCGCAAGGACACAUUCCAGAGCCUCGGCUUGCAGGUGGGCAUUUUGAGCAUGGUGCUUAGCUUUGUGGACUGCGGCACUGUCAUAAAGACGAUCUUCGCCAAGGCCGUCGGCGACGGCUACACGUGCGCCGCGGCGCUGCUGGCCAUCUCGGCCCAGCUGAAGGUGAUGUUCAACGUCGUGCCAGAGGACAAGGGCUACGGCAAUUUCAUCAACACCCUCAUCACGCUCGGGACUCAGAUGUCCGCGAAAAGCCUCUACUGCUUUGUGAUCUUUAUGGUGUACUGCACAUACCUGAUCCAGAUCAAGAAAGUCGCACUGCCCCUCUGGAUCCCACACCAGCUCAUCGUCGUCGUCGUUUCCACACUUGUGACGUGGGGCUUCCGGUUGGACGAGCUCCUGGACCUGGCGAUCGUGCGCGACAUCCCGGCCGUCCUGAGCUGGCCGCGCUUUCCGCCGAUGGACAAUCUCAUCGGGCUGGGGCCGUACACGCUGACCAUCACCGUGAUCAUCUUCGUGCAGAUGUACGUGGUGGCGCAGCGGGUGAUGCCGAAUAUUGACCCUAACACGGAGCUCUUUGCUGGCGGCAUCACCAACCUGCUUGUGAACCUCAUGUCUGGCAUGCCGGUGUCGAACUCGUUUAGCUGCUCCUCUGUGCUGAUCGAGCAGAAGGUGCACACGCCGCUGACCGCUUACGCGACCGGCGCGGUCGUGCUAAUCACAAUUCUGUUCCUCACUAGGCUUGGUGUCUUCUACUACCUACCGAAGCAGGCGCUGGCCGCGAUCGUCGUCUCGAGUGUGUGGCGCCUCGUGAACUUCUCGGGGCCGGUGCAGCUGUGGCGCUACAGCCGUAAGGACGCCGGUGUGUGGGUGCUGACGUUUCUGCUGACCCUGAUCGGCGGCAUUACAAUCGGUGUGCUGAGUGGCAUUGCGUUCUCUCUCAUCUUGGUGGUGCUUCGCAUUGCCCGGCCGCGCGCGGUGAGCGUUGGAUUCAACAUGCAGACGUUCCGCUACGGAGACAUCCGCAAGGACCCGGAGCUGCUCGUGUACCCGAACAUCCUGAUGUGGCGCUUCGACGCCCCUCUGUAUUUCAUCAACAUCGGCUACUUCCAGGAGCGUCUCAUCGCUGCCAUCGCCGCGGAAGUGCGCCCCAUCGACGUUGUUAUAGUCACCUGUGGCAAAGUGGUCGACAUCGACGCGGCGGCGCUGGCGUCACUGCCUUUCAUUCUUGACUACACCUCGAAGUCUGACCCGACUCGACCACGGCGCAUCAUCCUGACGGAUAUCCACGGGCGGCUGGAGAAGGUUCUCCUCGCCUCGGCAGCCCUGCCCAUCUACGUGCCGGAGGAGUACGACCGCAUCUCGAUCGAGCAGAUCACGGCCUCUGGUAAGUUUCCUGUCGUCUUCAAGAAGCUGGAGGAGGCGAUCGCGUUUGGGCAGCGGUGCAUAUCGGAGCGCUAUGGCAACGUGGACACCGCACCGUACCCGAACGUGUCCUUCUUGACAGACGUCGUGAUGGAGGCGGCACGGCUGCCAGCAGGGGACGGCUGCGUGCCGUCAUUUCUAUCGCUGUUGGAGGCGGAGAACGCCACCCCAGCCGCAGCGGCAGCGCCGUUGAGCUCGAACUCACUGCACAUUGUGGUGACGGCGCCCGGCGAGGCAUCGCCUGAGUCUAGCCGAGCGGAGGAUGGGCGAGGCAAGGCCGCGCGCGCCGAGGCCUCCAUUUCCUCACCGCGGCUGCCACGCAACAGCGCCGCGGCCUCCGCGGACUUACCGAGGCCGAACGUGGAUGAUGACAACGACGACGGCGACGACGGCGACGAUGGAGCCCCACCACAGCAGCAGCAGGACAGCCUGGUGCGUCACCUUGCCACGCUAAAGAAGCUCUCCACAUACUCGCCCGAUCGCGAGCUUAUCGGCGUGCUGGGUGUUAUUCGUCAUGGCGAGGUGACGCCGAAGCAGAAGAAGAAGCUGCUCUUCAGCGACCCGACUCUGCUGCGGCUAGCCUUCCAAGGGCGCGACGUGCGCCGGACGAAGCGCAGCGUCGAUGAGCUGGCGGAGUUCUUCGCGGUGGUGGAGCGGCUGCUCUUGGGGACGCCAGCCUCCAAUAUGAGCUCUGCGGGGUCCGCGGACAUGCUGGAUGCUUCGUUCCUUGGCACUACCAGCCCCUUGACAGGCCGAAUCUCCGUAUCCACGGCAGAGAGCUGGGCGCGCGUCUUGUCCAUUGUCCGAAGCCGCCCGGACGGGCUCAAGAUCCAGGUCAAGGCGCGCGUGACGUCCACCUCGGGUACCGCUUCGUUUGCCGAGAGCGAGCGGACGUCCCCUCAGAGGCACGUCCACUACGGCGGUAGUGGAUGGUGGAAAGUUGGCGGCAGCGCACCGAGUCGCCAUAGCAGCGGAAGCGGUAGCGCUGACGACGACUGGGGCGAGCCGGCGGUGGGCCUUCUCGUGGUGAAAUGGGGCGGUGUACUGACCAAGUCCGGGAUCUUGCAGGCGCAUGUGAUGGGCGAGAAGUUGUUUGCACGCUUCUACGCAGCAGGGGACCUGCCACUGCGUCGCCUCGUUCAGUUCACGCGUCACCCGCUAGUGACGGCGUCCGACGAGAACCGGGUGGUGAACACGGCGCUUGUCGUGGCCAAUGCCCUCACGCAGACCUCCGGCGCCACUCUGCACCGCUGCGACAUUGUGCUCAAUGAUGGCCUCACUAAGACGCUGGGGCCAGUUGCGAAGCGUCUGCUCCAGGAGGAGUACCGAUACUUCGAGUCACUGCUACACAUCGAGUCCGCCGCAGCGGCGCGGCAUUUCUUUCACAUCCCAGGCUUCCGCCAGCUACUGUCAAUCCCGCCGCGAGAUAGCCUUCGUGGCUGGGUGGUCAGCGAGCAUGACGACGGCCAUGCCGACAGUGACGGGAACGACAACGGGACGGUGCACAUGUUCAGCCAGACGGUCAGCAAGAACUCUGCGAAUGACAAGGCACCACCGGGGAUGAGCAGUCGUCCUCUGCUGCCUUCGUGCUGCCGCAGCAAACGGAGUGCGUGUGAAGGCAAUCCGCGCAGCACUCAGUUUCGCGGCGCACAGGAUGUCACGCACGGCAGCCGUGCCUUUUUGAUGCCGGAGCAGCAGCAGCAACAGCAAAACUACAACUGUCAUCGGCAGGACCAGUUCUGCACCCCGUAUCAGGUUCUGCAGGAGCUGGAAGAGCUCAUGACGAUCUUGUCCACGCUGGAGUUUCCGCUAUACCUCGCCAAGGUGCCACUGAGCAACCACGAGACGCUGCAGGAGCUGCAGCGUCGCUACGAGGCGAUGCUGAAAAACUUUGAGGGUGCGAAGCGCCGGAUACGCAGCAGCUAUAAGCACUCCCUGCACAUGAUGAGCUCUGGCGCAUCCCAGACACCCGCCUUGCCGGGGGCGAGGGCCUUGAGGCCGGCGGGGCCAGCAGGACUCGAUGAGGACCCGGAGCAGCAGAUACUUCUGGAGGCGAUGGAAGAGACCGGUGGUUCGUCCGACGAGGACGGGUUCGAUGCACAGCUGGCGGGGGACACUGAACUGGAUCCCGACUUGCCCCCGUGGCGCGAUCCCUCAGCGGCAGGUGGAUUGCUGGCAACAGCGAAGUCGUCGUAUCUCACGAUGCCCACCUCGAGCAAUGGACGCGCAGCUGAACCCCAGCAUGGCCGGGACAAUCACAGCCGCUGCCCUGCGCCCGCGCAACAGCGAACAACGAGCGGCAGCGGCAACGGCCACCAGACGCAGCCGAGGCUGCUUCAUACGGGUUCUGGGCCUCUCCACACUCCUUCUGGGCACGACCGUGGUCGCGUGAGUAAUGGCCGUGACCCAUCAGGCGCUGCCACGUGCUUCGAUGUGAGCGACGUGUCGAAGCUGCGAGACUACGGCUCCUACGACGUGGCGUACAAUCUUCCUCUGGUGCUGCAGCUGCACGCGUCUGUGCAGGAGCCGGCGGCGGCGUUUCAGCUGCGCCGCUUUGCUCGUGCCCUGCAGCGCUUCUCUGAGAUCACCGAGUACCUGUCGCGCAUCGGCCAGAAUGUGCUGGUUGGGAUCAACAGCAGCAAGCGCUUUAUUAUCGGCUCGCUGGUCAGCGAUGGGUUGCUGCGGCGGCUGCACAGCGACUUCCAGGACUUGGCCAUUGCUGAUGAGGAGCGCGGUACGCAAGAGCUGCUGCUCAAGGCGCAGGCGCAGUACAUGGCGGAGAACGGCGGCGUCGAGCAAGAUGUGCGCUACAUGAUUAGCCUGUGCUCGCGUCUCCCGUGCUGGCAAAAGAAAAAGGGGAGUAGGGCAGACGAACACGGCGGGUCUGCCUGGAGAACCGACAUCUGGGCGCGAGAGACGCCGCAGGAGCGCGAGUUUCGGCUUCGCGUUCCCUUCAUCUCUCUCCCUAGGCAAGAGGCGCGGACGUGUGCCGCGGCAGCCGACUUCGAGAGGUGCACACGUCUGUACUUCACAUCUUAUCUCCAUGUCGAAGGCGUGCUGCAGUGCCUCUUCGAGAGCGUCACGGUCGAGGGCUUCAGCCGGCCCAGCAAAGAGGAGAUGGAGGCGACCCACCAGCUCUACAUGCGCCACCUCAUCUUCAAGAUUUUCCGUCGCCGCAACGUGAGCUACACCGACGCGGAGGUGGCGGCGGCUAUGCGUCGUCUGCACCUACUCUUCCGCUCAGAUGUAGACUACGACAAGCAGCAGCGCGAGCUGCGCCUCGGACUCGCCGCCAUCUACCACGCAAUGUACUACGUCUCGAUGGAGGUUUAUCUCUCUCUCGGAGACGCCGAUGAGGCGCAGGCGACCAUCGUAGAGGACCUCCCGCUCUUCCACCUGCGCCGCGCUGGCGACAGUGAUGAGGACGGUGACACCCCAACUGCAGCCGGCACAGCAGCCAACACAGCAGCCGGCGGCGGAAAUAGUGAGGACGGAGAAGAGCUGGUGGAGACAAUGGCGGCGACUGGCGCGCCGUCGGCGGCUGGCGGCGGCACGGGGCUAACGGCGGUAGACCCUUCGAGCCCACUUAUGCUCUCCUUCGCGCCGAGCGGUCGCACCAGCUGUGUCAGCAGCGAUCCGGCGUCGUACUUUACCGCAGCGGGCGGCAGAAACGCAGCUGCUUUUUUGGCUGCAUCUGGUGGAAAGUCCGCGGAGACGUUCGCCGGCUUCGCUCGCAGCCCCUUGUACGUGCAGCAUCUUGUCCACGUGUCCAACGAGCCGAACACGACGGCGACAUCCGUCGCGGAUGGCAGCGGCUCGGCGGCAUUGGUGACAUCGCCGCUCUCGCCCUCUGACGCACCUGGGCAGGCCGCCGCCGGCAGCGCGGCAGAGUCGGACUCUGGUGAGGACGGAACACGAAACCACAUGCACAGACGCGUCACCAACGCGUCGACGCUUGCUCUAGCACCGCCGCCACAGCGCGAGCCGAAGACGCGAUCUCGAUCCAUGACGGCGGUGCCGACAAACGCAAAGGACCCGGUCAAGGAGGCAACAGUUCUCAUGACACCAGAGGCCGGGCGUCGGACGGCCAUGGUGCAAGAGAUGAAGCACCGCGUCUCGAACGUGACACCGAUGCGGCGCAUUCACGAGGGGUUGAGCCUGAACGACUUUGUGCUCCUCAUGAAGGAGGUGGAGAGCGCCGUACGCUCACAGACAGCCUCGUCCUCCUCGGCACAUUAG